AAUCCAACCAAUGAAAUUUAGCUACAGGGAAGCCAUAAGCAACACUGCUGGAAGCUUAUUGACCUCAACUUCAAUUUUAUGUAUUUAUUCACCAGCGAUUUAUAUUUUACGUUAAUGUCAAGUCGAACAAGUUCUGAAGUGAAUUUGGUUGUGGCUUCUUGUAGUAGGAUAAGGUAAGGUGAGUUAAAAGUUCACCAAUUGAACUUGGAAGACAAGUGCAUCUUUUCGCCGGUCUGUUGUACAAAUUCGUGUGCUAAAAGAGGUCACUUCUUUGUUCUAGUAUAAUUUUCAGACGCGUGAAGACUCCAGUUUUAUUAUUUUUGUGUUGUGUUGAAAGUUUACAUUCGUAACUUAGUUCGUCCGAGUACGGUACUAAACGAAAGUAUGAAAAAGCUAAUCGGUGAAGAUAGUAGUAAACUGUCUAGUGUUUCUUCAUUUUCACUGUGGAAUGCUGGUAACAGCAUUAUACCAAUCCGUUUGGAGCUUUUGCUUCUGCUAAAAGGUAGCCACUUGGGUCACAAUGGAAUCUGACAGCUCCCUUGAUGGUGAAUUUGAGUCUAAACACGAGGUUGCAGUCCGAGGCAACAGUGCUGCAGGCGAGUCAGAGUCUGACGUCGAAGAAAAUGACGAAAGUGACUACUCCAGUACAGGCUCUGAGGAUGAAAAAGAUAGUUCUGCUGAUCCUCUUAUCAGGGUGUCUUCACCUCUAUCUCGUGAUGAAGAUGGUUCAGACUCUGAGGCCGGGAAGCACUCGCAGAGUCCUGUCCAUUUUACACCCCGCUCACCCAGUUUGUACAAGGAAACUUCGGAUUGUGGUGGGGCUCCCAAUUUAACAUCAAAUAAUUUUACCCCUGGUUCGUACCGAAGGAAGUUGUCACCGAGUUUCAAUCCCAGCAGACACUUGUCUAGUUCGGAAGAUGAGAAAAACAUUCCUAGUUCGGAAGAUGGGAAUUGCACUCCAAGUUCAGAAGAUGGAAAUCAUUCUCCCAGUUCAGAUGAUGGAAAUCACUCUCCCAAUUCACAAACAGGAAGGCAUUCUCCCAAUUUACAGAUAGGAAAAAACACUUUAAGUUCACGAACAGGAAAACAAUCUCUUGGUUCACGAAUAGGAAAGCUUUCUACAAAUUCAGAAAUGGGAAAAAGCUCUCCCACGUUACAAACAAAGCAAUCUCCCAGUUCUCAAACAGGUAAGCAAUCUCCUAGUUUACAAACUGAAACACAUGCUUCCAGUUUAAAAAGUGAAAUUCACUCUCCCAGUUUACAAACUGAAAUACUCUCUCCUCGUUCACAAACAGAAAUACUCUCUCCCAGUUCACGUACUGAAAUACACUCUCCCAGUUCACAUACUGAAAAGCGCUCUCUUGACUUGAAAGACAGAGAGUAUUCUAGAAGCCCAACCUACCCUCAGUCACCUAGUUUUCAUGAUGAACAGAACAUGCGUAGUCCAGAUCCAGGAAAGUGUACACCAUGUUCAGAACCUGAAAAUCACUCACCUUAUUUUGGCCGGGCACAUUCACCUGUAGAUAGAUCACCCAGCACGGAUUACGGGAAGCAGUCUCCAGGUUCAGGUCAUGGAAGAUGGACUCCAAGCCCAGACCAUGGCACGCAAUCUCCUAAACGGUCACAGGGGAGAGCAUCAGAAAUGGGUGAGGAAUCAGUUGGUUCAUUUUCUGGGAUUCGGUCACCCAGUUUAAAUGGGGAUACGCGAUCGAGUCGGGCCUGGUCUCCACCACCAGAGAGGGACAAGCACUUUCAUGUCACAGGCCAGGAAGCACACACUGCCACUGCAGAAGUUCCUGUUAUUCGCUCACCCACACCUGAAAGUAAUGAUCGUGCUAGGGAAAUGAUUUCAAGAUCAGGAAGUGGAGUGCUCGUUGCUGACAGAGAUGGUAGAAAGCAAUCUCCAGAGUUAUCUUGUAAAGAACUAUCACCCAAAUCACAUCUCUCUGAACUUUCACCAGCCCUUAAUCGCAAGAAGAAUUCUCUAAAAUCCCGUAUGUCUCAUUCACCAGAUUCCAAUGAUGAAGAGACUUCUCCGAAGACAAAUGAAAAGAAUUUAGCUGCAGGUCCAGCAUCGCCUGAUUCCAACGACGAUGGUGAGUUGUCAGAUUCAAGUCGGGAUGCUAUUGUAAAGCCAAACAAAUUGACCAGGCAAGAUAAUGGUGAGAAAGUGAAGGAAAAAUUUCAAACUAAUGGUGAAAGUGACAAAACAGCAAAGCAGGCUAACAUCACGAGUCAUGGCGAAGAUCUUUCGGAUGUUUCCGACCUGGAAAUCAACGAUGGUGCGGAGAGCAUAGGCGAGGUAGUGGAGGAAGGCGACAAGAAGGCGUCAAAGGGGGCGCCACCCACGGAUGACGGGGAACAGCUAGACUUUGAGGCGGAGGAGCGGGAAGAAGGGGAGUGCGAGGCUAGGGAGGACGGGAAGAGCGAGGAUGAAGGAGAGCUAAAGGGGGAAGAGCUCGAGGAAGGAGAGCUGACGGACGACGAUGAAAACCGUCCAGAGGAGACGGAACCACGGCACGUUUGCCGCUUCUACACCCGGGGGCAGUGUACCUGGGGCCCCAACUGCAGGUUCCUCCACCCUGGCGUGACGGACAAGGGCAACUACACCAUGUUUGACAUGUUACCGCCCGUGGUCACCAUCAAUGGACCGCCCAUCUACCCCAUGGAGUACCGGGUGCCCGUGCCUGUGCCUGUGCCGGUGCCGUAUGAGAAGCCCGCUCCGGCCAUGCCGUACCAGGGGCCCAGGAAGGAGGUGGCACCAGUGUUUGAGUCAGCCUGGGAACGAGGCCUGCGACAGGCUAAAGAGAUGAUGAGAAAAUCAUCAAAGCGGAAAGAGAUGGACAUAGAUUUCGAAGAGAAGAAAAUGAACUUGAGCCUGGGACAGGAAGAACUCGAUAAGGAAAACGAUUACUACACGCGCCAGACCAGUCCAAUCAAGGAUGAGGCGGAACGAUGGAGGAAAGCGGCAGAGCCAGAUGGGAAGUACGUGCGGGAAGGCAGUGUGUUUGAGGAGUACCCCACGGAGCACCCAUACUACCACCAGCACAGCCGAGGCGACUACUGGCGUCGGGUGCAGUAUGAACCCAGCGGAGGGGAUUCACGCUCCGCAGCGCGCGUGGAAUCAUCUGACUACCGCAGCAGUUCCAAGUACCGCCGCUCUCCUUCUGACCACUACUAUGACAAGUACGAAAAGAAGAAGAAGUCUUCAUCUUUGCACUCCACCCGUGAGGUUAUCAUGCAACGAGUAGAGAAGCCAUGGCGGGAGGACAGGUAUACUGAGACCACGACGACGUCAUCACACCGCGCUCGUGGCGAUGAAUGGGCUGAUCCGUGGAUGCGCUCCAAGUCCCCUACUGGCCGCAAAGGAACCUCAUCUAGACCAACCCGCAAGUCGUACUCCUCUGGAUCAUCGUAUUCUUCAACCUCCUCCAGCCGCAGCUCCAGCCGUUCCUCGUACAGUUCUUACAGUCGUGACUCCCACUCUCGCUCCCGCUCCAAAUCCCUUUCUCACUCUCGUUCUCGAUCCAGAUCCCGCUCCCCUGCUGCGAGGCGGCGGAAACCCACCCGUCCCUUGGUGCCCACUGCACGCGCGGCCGUGGCCGCAGGGGAGGCAGCGGCGCAGACGUACCCCCGGGCUGGGAAGCUGGUGCCCGAGCUGCGCACGCUGACCAAGGCCAAGCCCACGACAGCAGCUCUGCUAACAGCGUCAGAGAAGAAGGCCGUCACGGAGCGGGCUCCGCUGAUGAACCCUCCUGCUCCAACGCCGCGCAAAUCGAAGGAUGCACGGCCGCCAUCUCCUGGCAUGAUGCGCAAGGUGGCUCAGAACCCGCCUCCUCCGUCUGCACAACAAGCUGGCAAACCAGCAAGCGGGCUGAAGACGGCCCUGGACCGGCCGAAGCUGACGGUUGCUGGGGCAGCCUCCAUCAAGGCGAAAAUGCACUCUCACUCAGCGUCAUCUAAGUCCUCGUCAGGCUCAGAGUCCAGUGGCUCGAGCAGCGACUCUUCCGAGUCCAGCUACUCCUCGUCCUCCAGCAGCCGCGAGCCUUCUCCGAAAGGUCAGCCAAAAAUUGUACGUCCACAGAAGCGAAUGGUCAUUGAUGAAAGGGAACGACUAGCUUUCGCUCAGACAAUGAAGAUCAAGGCAAUGGAUGCAUUGAAGUUGUCUGGACAGAAGCAACAGAUCAAGCUGACCCUGAAGACGCCGGGCUCACUGGGUGGGUCCGCGAGCAUCGGAGCGGCGGCCAUCAAAAAGCCGGGAACUGGCCUGCCUGACCUCCCGGAGCUGAACCUUGUCAGGCGAGCUGAGAGAGGCGUGGCAACGCUGGCCGGUAAGAAGCGCCCUGCAGAAGACUCUGUGCUGUCAGACCAGGCGAUGGCGGCCAAGAUGGCAGCAUUAUCAAAGCCUGCAGCAAAGAAGGCUACGUCGAGACGAGAGGAACUCCUGAAGCAGCUGAAGGCAGUGGAAGAUGCCAUCGCAAGAAAGCGGUCCAAGAUUAUUCCAUGAAGCUUUGCUGUGAAGGCUGCAAAAGUGGUUGCAAAGCAGUCUCGGAAAGAUAAACUGAAAAUAGUUUUUAAACGCAGAGUACGUAUGUGAAAUUUGGAAUUGUAAAAUAAUGAAACUUUACCCAAUUGCAUUUUUUUUAUUAUGGAAUGAAUGAAAUUGUUGAUUCAAGUUUGUGUGUGAAGGGUGUUGAUGGUUAAAAGAAUCAUGUUGGGUUUAAGGAGUAUGUGUUUGGCAUAGUUUUUUUUUUUUUUUUUGUGGACAUUGUGCUCAGAGACUGGUUGAAGUAUUAUUUGAAAUAGCUUUUUUCAUUUCGCUAGUGCUUUUCUAAGUGUGUGUACAUGUGGCUGCAAAUACAUUUUACUUCACUGCAAUGGAAUAUUUGGUCUUGGAAAGUUAGUAGACAUACUUAAUAUCUUUUAUUUAUUUUCAAAUUUUGAAAUUAACUUAUUUCCAUGAAGUUUUAUUUUUUUUUUAAGAAAUAUUUUUUUUCUUUACUGUGUUUAAAUACCUCUGGUGUCCAACUUACGCACCUAAAAAUAUUUUUGUUCCAACAUUUAAACAUUUGUUUAGGAUAGUCUAAAAUUCUAGUAAUAGAGAUUGCAUAUUACUAUUUUGUCACUACUGUUGUGUGUUGACGGGAACCAUUUUGUCUGCAUCAAAAAUAGAGCCAAGAUAUAUGGUUUUAUUUUUAGCAUGAUUUCAUAUUUGAAAUGUACAAUUUCUGAGUUACAAGGUAAUACGAGGUGCAUUUUCAAUCUGAGAACAUAAUUAAUUUUCACAAUCAAAGUUCUGUAAAUUAUGUUAAAAACUACAUACUUAAAUAAUGGUAGGCCCAUUCAAUGAAUUUUUGUUGUUAAAUAAUAUUAUUUUUGUGAUUUUUAUUGAGAUUUGGAAAUUUGUUUUAUUUCAUGUAUACUGAGUUACAUCUGUGUUAUUUUGUUUUAAUUGUAACUAACAUAAAAUUCUGUCCCUAAAAUAGUGUUAACUUUUUCAUCGGCGUAAUGCAGCUACCUCUGUACUGACCCAGAUGAGCAUGAUGUACUGAUAGGUUUGUUAAAAUAUCAAUUUCAGUAAUCAAAGCUGGUUUAUGUUACAGUAGUUCAUCAAGAACAGUUAUUAAUCAGUGGUUAAUUGACCUUUUAAUUGUGUCAAAAUAAAUUUUUUUAAUCACUUUUAAAAAAUUGUCAGAAAUAUGAUCAACUCAAUACUUUUUUUAGGACAAAAUUAUUGUAUUUUGUAAUUAUUUUUUUUUAUAAAUUCCUAUCUUAACUUUUUUUUCUGGACAUGGAUUUUACUUAAUUUUCCAUAUUACAGGUGUUAAUAUUACUCAGAUUUUUUUAUAUCAAACCUAAAAAUGUUGUAAAAUGCAGUAAAAAGUGCAUAAUACAGUAGUUAUUUCCAAUUUAACAGAAUCUGUAUACCUUAUAUUCAAGUAUACUGCGGGUGGAAUCAUGCUCAUUAGGAAAAUUUUUGAAAAGUGGAAAAGUUUAUUGUACUUGCCGCAGCAGUUAUGCCUGUCUGCCUACCUCUCAUAUGCACUGUCAUCUGGAUUAUUUAUUGGGGGGGGGUUGUAAUACUGUCCUAACUGGUGCAAUGAAUAGCAGACGUUGAGCAUUAUUUAUUAGUGUGCCCUUUUGUGUAUUUGGUUUCUUAGUGUUGUUACAUAAAUAACUUGAACAUACAUUGACUCUGCUAAGAAGAAAUGCAUGAAAAACAAUGAGUUCCUUAUCCCUAAAGUUGUCAGAGGUCUAUUAAAAGAGUAAUACAUAUUCACAUAAUUUUUUUGGUAGAGUCAAAGCGAUACAGGACUGCAAAAGUGGUAGCAACAACCUGCGUUUCAUCUGGAUAAGUAGAAGGUUAUAAAAUGUGAUAGUUUAUUUUAAAAUACACAGAGCCUAUAAUUUCUUUCACACAGUGCUACCUUUUAGAUAAAAUUAUAAUGCCAGUCUCUUAGUUUUUGUUUAUUUGCUUCCCCUACUCUUCCUGCCUUUGUUAUCUUUUCAUCAUGGCUGGCUGGUGCAAGGUGUUGAAAAAAAUACUGGGGGAGGCUGUGCAAUGCUGGCAAUUUUCAAAAAUAAACCAACCAUUACUUUCAUGUGUGGUUUGAAAAGGUCAGAAAAGCAUGUGCUUACAGCAGUUUCUGCAGUCAUGUAACUUGACUGCAUCUCAAAGAGACACUGCAAUAUCACAGUUUAUGGUCACAAAAACUAGUGUAGGGAAGGCUAACCAUAAACUCACCUCAUGGCUCAAGUGUAACAUUAGGGGAAACGCCAAGCACCUUUAGUAUUGCUGUGGUUUACUUCAUACUCCCGAUAGAACAAAAUUCAAGAAAGUGCAGCCUUUUUUGUUUUCGUCUUAUUAGCAUGCACCUUUAGUCUCUGAGACGAGAAACUCUACGGCAAAGAUGGUGAAUGAGUUUUUUUUUUUUUUUGUUUGUUUUAACUGAAUUGCUGAUAAGUCUUAGUGGCAAACAUAAAUUUAAAUAAUUAAAUUAAUAAUUAGACAUGCACAUAUGUCCUGGACAAACAGAAAGUAGGUAUGAAUAUAAGUUGUGUCUGGUAAAUAAAUGUUUACAUGAAGGGUUUUUUCUUUCUAAGUGUAAGAAUAAACAUUUUGUACAAUGAUUUUCAAAAAUAUCAAAAUAUAUGUAGAAGUAAUGUCAGAUUUUAAAUGGAUAUUUUUAGAAGUGAAUUGACAUUUUUAACUGAUUUAGCAUAAAAAAGAGUUUAUUUUGAAAGUUAGCUAAAAUAGUAUUUAUGCUAGAAAUUAACAGAAAAUAGCAUCUAAAGUGUAAAUUAGCAAGAAAAAAAUAGCAUCUACAGCAAGAUGCAAAUUUUUCUUGCCCCUAUCUAUUACAGACCAAAAUUCUUAUUUAAAAUUUUAUAUUUAUAUAAAAAAUUAGUUGAUGCCUUUGUUAAAAAUAAUAAAAAAAAAUUCAAGACUGUACUAUAGGAUAGGGGAAGAUUCGACCAGCUUCUGUUUCUAAAUCAUUGGAAUCUGAAUAUUUUGAUAACCAUUGGAAUCAAUGGAAUCGGCUGAUUUUAGAAUCUGAAUUGACCCAACACUACUGUAAAUAUGUUCCUGAAGGGAGUAUUUUUUUUACACAAGAAUCUGGAUGACUUGGCAGAAUUUGAUGUUGGUUUGGUUUUCUUCUACAAUUGCAGAGUAGAAAGUUAUGAGUUGAAAUUAGCUUAAAAUUUAAAUAUUUCUUUAAGAUUUGGUUAAUAUAGAGGUUUUUUUUAUGUAAUUUUAAUUAUUUUACAGCCAAUCUGUUAAGUUUUCUAGUACUUAAUUUACAAAGAACAAUUAGCUUUUUUUUUUAAUCAGGUCUCUGUAAUGAAAAUAUUUAGCUGACAAAACCAUCCCCAUCAAAUUCUGCCAAGUUUUUCAGACAUAUUAUUGAAAUAUUCAUUUAUUCAUUCAUCAUGCAUCUUUCCUAUCAUAAUAGAGCCAUUUUGGUUUUAACACAUUGACUUUACACUUUAUAUUUCACUACUCACUAUCUUUGGUCCUAUCCAGCUCUAGUUCAAUUCAAAUUUCCCAUUUUGCACCCUUUUCUGCAUUUUGCAACAUUUGUUUACUGAUAUAUUUUAAACAGUCUAAAAGAAAGAAAAUUUUGACCAUACCUUAAAGACUAAUUUACUUUUUCCAUUAGAGAUUUUCCAAACAUUGUAGGCCGUUUUGAAAAUAAUUUUUUUUAAGUCUUAAGUUAUAAGGAACAUUGAACUUCGGCAUCUUACUGAGUUUGUGUUUAAUGAUUUCCUGAUACAGAAAAGAAAGUAGUAAGUGAUGAUGAAUCGUUACACUCAUUUACUGAGCAUGGUGACCCUAGGUGCAGUAAAGUAGACAGUCCUGCUUCACUUGGCCAUUAUAUCUGGCUGUAUGAACGUGAAGAGUCAAUGUAAUACACAUUCCAAAACCUUAGGCAAGACUGUCGUCAUUGUGGAAAAAUUCAGGGCAUUCUACUUGUAACGCUAUUGCUUACUUGUUCAAUUGAUUAAGUACUUUCUCUUGUCAUGGUUUUAUCAUUUCUUCUUUCUUUGUAUAUCACUAGUGAGCAUUAGUUGUGCUUAGUGACUCUUGGUAAUUUAAGCUGUAUGUUUAUUUGUGCAAUACUUACGUUUUGGAUGUGUUAACGUUUUUCUUGGCACAAGCAAGGAAAUGUAAUGCAGACACAACACAGCAGAACCAUCCGCCUUGUUGCAGUGUUCACUACUUUACUGCUACCUGGGGUGACCGUGCUUGCGAAUGAGCAUAAACGACUCUUGAGUAUACUCUCGACAUUGUACACCGUAUAAACGUUCUCUUGUACCUGCAUAUUUAUAUGUUACAGCAUAUGCACUGUUUUGUGUGUGCCGAAACUCGAUACUUAACGUAUCCCAAAACAGUGUUGUUGCUAACUUUGAUGAUGCACUUCUUGAGUGUUGGUGUGGUUUAAUUUAAAUCGAUAAGUGCUAGAAAAAUUUUUAUUUGUGAAUAACUUGUUUUUGAAAUCCUCUUCAGAUCAUAAGCUUCACAAACAUGGUAACUUAAUUACUUUUUAUAAACAUAACUUAACAGAUACCCAUUCCAAAUGCUUAGUUGAAUGUUUUGUGGUUUUUUAGUUAGUGCCAUCCAAAUAGCUCUCAAAUUAUCUAGAAAUAUAAAUUUCCUUUUUGCCAUUGCAAAGCAAAUAGGGCACGAAAACAAUGAACUCUUUAUAAUUACAAUUUUUUGUAGAUGUGAAUUACGUAUAAGUUUUAUUAGAGAUGCAACAUUAAAAGACUUAUAUAGCAACAUUUGCCUGUAUAAUACAUUUUUGUGUAAUAAAAUCUAUAGACUCUGUGA